ACUAACUGGGAAUUCGAUAUAAAAAUCACUGCUAGCGAGAUCGAGCUUCAGUAUCAGAUCGAAUAUGCAACUAUGUAUUAUACUUGCGCUGCUUGGCUGGAUCGCCGUUGUAAAUGCUGGUGGUCUAAGCCAACUUUUCCUAACGGCAUCAAAUAGACCAUCUUCCAAUGAAAACUAUGAUCAGCCUUCGUCUAAGCAGGCCAUAUCGACCAUUAAACAGUGCAAGCCCGUUGAAACUACGACUUUAGAGCCAAAUGAACUGCAGCAACGUACCAUUUCUCUUGGAGUUGCCAGCACAAGAGAUACUGUACCCCUUCCAACUCUGGCUCCCAGCUCCUCUAUAAGUUCCACGGAAAUCAACACUAAUAUUAAUAAAAUACCCGAUAAAAAGGAGAGGGGGGUUGUGCCUCUACCAACACUUAAACCCACUUCCACUUUAAGCCCGAUUCAAGCUAGCAGUGAAGAUGAUCAAAGGAGUGUACCUCACAGCGGUAUUAGAGAAAUAAUUCCAUUGGCUGCAAAGGCACUGCGAAUAAUUAAAGAAAAGGUUGAUGAAAUUGUACCCAAUUCAAUACCAAUUGAAAAACUUGUACCACUACCAACUCUAAGGCCAACUUCCACUUCAACAACUACCGAAGCUCUCUUGGAAACGGAAGACCAAACCCAGGAUGAUUGCGAAACCCUUCCGGAUGGUAUUGGAUCACGAUUAGAUGCCAAAACACUUAAAACGUUAGUUAAAACUCAAACGGGAUGAAUAAGAAGUUUUCAUUUACAAGUUACAAAAUAUCUAAUAAAUUCUUGAUACCAAGAA